AGGAGCCGGGACGGCGGGGGGAGGACGACGCCCGUCGUCGUCGUCGUCGUCGCUGCGGGGAAGAGCGCGGACGCCCGCCACGGAUCCCUCUUCGCUCGCCAGGGACCUGUAAGAUCGGGCCAUGAAUGGUGACACGGGGGCAGCGGUGGUGACCUCACCACCCCCGACCACAGCCCCUCACAAGGAGCGCUACUUCGAUCGAGUGGAUGAGAACAACCCAGAAUAUCUGCGAGAGAGGAACAUGGCCCCGGAUCUCCGUCAGGAUUUCAACAUGAUGGAGCAGAAGAAGAGAGUCUCCAUGAUCCUGCAGAGUCCCGCAUUUUGCGAAGAACUGGAGUCGAUGAUCCAGGAACAGUUUAAGAAAGGGAAGAACCCCACAGGCCUGUUGGCGUUGCAGCAGAUCGCGGAUUUCAUGACCACCAACGUGCCCAGCGUCUACCCAGCAGCCCCCCAGGGCGGGAUGGCCGCACUGAAUAUGAGUCUUGGCAUGGUUACCCCAGUGAACGAUCUGAGAGGGUCCGAUUCCAUUGCUUAUGAUAAAGGGGAGAAAUUAUUGCGCUGCAAAUUAGCCGCUUUCUACAGAUUAGCUGAUCUCUUUGGGUGGUCUCAGCUUAUUUACAACCACAUAACGGCCAGAGUGAGUUCCGAGCAGGAACACUUCCUCAUUGUGCCCUUCGGACUUCUUUACAGCGAGGUGACCUCAUCCAGUCUGGUCAAAGUCAACCUCCAGGGCGACGUGGUCGAUCGCGGGAGCACUAAUCUGGGAGUCAACCAAGCGGGUUUUACUCUGCACUCGGCAAUUUAUGCUGCCCGACCUGAUGUUAAAUGUAUCGUGCACAUUCAUACCCCAGCCGGGGCUGCGGUUUCUGCAAUGAAAUGUGGCCUGUUGCCCAUCUCACCUGAAGCACUCUCCCUCGGAGAAGUGGCCUAUCACGACUAUCAUGGGAUCCUCGUGGACGACGACGAAAAAGUCUUAAUUCAGAAAAAUUUAGGCCCUAAGAGCAAGGUUCUCAUUCUCAGAAAUCACGGUUUGGUGUCGGUUGGAGAGACGGUGGAAGAGGCUUUCUUCUACAUCCACAAUCUUGUGGUGGCUUGUGAGAUUCAGGUCCGUACGCUGGCUAGCGCGGGAGGACCGGACAACUUAGUCCUGCUGGACCCCGGGAAGUACAAAGCCAAGUCGCGUUCCCCCGAGUCUCCGGCAGGGGAGGGCCCCGACUCCCAUCCCAAGUGGCAGAUUGGGGAGCAGGAGUUCGAAGCCCUCAUGCGAAUGCUGGAUAAUCUGGGCUAUAGAACCGGCUACCCGUAUCGGUGCCCUGCUCUGCGAGAGAAAUCGAAAAAGUACAGUGACGUGGAAGUCCCCGCCAGCGUCACCGGGUUCUCCCUGGCGAGCGACGGGGACUCGGGCAGUCGCUCCCCUCUCAGGCACAGUUUUCAGAAACAGCAGCGAGAGAAGACCCGGUGGCUGAACUCUGGCCGAGGGGACGACACCGCAGAGGAAGGGCAGAACGGAAGCCCCAAGUCGAAGACUAAGGUGUGGACGAACAUUACACACGAUCACGUGAAACCCUUGCUGCAGUCUCUCUCGUCCGGUGUCUGCGUGCCAAGCUGUAUUACCAACUGCUUGUGGACUAAAGAGGGUGGACAUAGAACCUCCACCUCUGCCGUCCCUAACCUGUUUGUCCCAUUGAACACGAAUCCCAAAGAAGUCCAGGAAAUGAGAAACAAGAUCCGAGAGCAAAAUUUGCAGGAUAUUAAAACCGCCGGCCCUCAAUCACAGGUUCUUUGUGGGGUGGUAAUGGACAGGAGUCUUGUACAGGAUGCUCCCCUCUCUGACUGUACGGAAACUAUUGAAGGGCUCGAUCUCACAAAGCAGGCCUUUAGUCCCGCUAAAUCUCUCUCAGUUAGAAAGGGAGAACUGGUGACUGCGUCAAAGGCAAUCAUUGAGAAGGAAUAUCAGCCCAAAGUCAUAGUGAGCACAACGGGACCGAAUCCCUUCAACAAACUCACUGACCGAGAACUGGAAGAGUAUCGCAGAGAAGUGGAGCGGAAACAGAAGGGCCCAGAAGCUCUGCAGCAGAAAGCCCCCCGCCUCCCCCUCGAAGAGUCUGACGAACCGAAGCCCUCCUCCUACUCCUCCUCCUCCUCCUCCCACAAGGAAUUUCACACUGCAGUCAUCAAAGCACUAAACUCCAAUCCUGACCUUUUUACCGAAACCUCAGACGAUUCAGAAGAGACGAGAAGCAAGGAGCCGAGCUCCCCGGACCCCCCGGCCGCCCGCACCCCUCCCAGCACGCCCGUUAAGCUAGAGCAAGAGCCCCAGCAGGACCGGACCCCCAGGGACGACAGCGACGCGGCAACUUUCAAACAGACCCUCCCGGACCUCUCCCCCGACGAGCCUUCCGAAGCCCUCAGCUUCCCCAAUUUUGAGAAGGAGGAAGAGGAAGACGGAUGCGGCAAAGACGAGCCCCCGAGCCGGGCCGAGGCCUCGGCCGCGGCCCACCCGGACCCCGCCUCCCCCCCGGCCGCCGAAGAGGCCCCCGGGCCCCCGGCCGAGGACGGGCCGGCGGCGGCCGCCGUCCCCGACCCCGCCAGCGACGGAUCUCCGGGGAAGUCCCCUUCCAAAAAGAAAAAGAAGUUCCGCACGCCCUCCUUCCUGAAGAAGAGCAAGAAGAAGAGCGACUCGUAGACGCCUCCGGCCCGCCGCCCGGUGGGAUCGCCGCCCUCUGUCCGGCCGCCUCCCCUCCCUCCCUCCCUCCCCCCCGCCGCCCCGUUCAUUAACCACUAGAAUGUACCGGAUCGUAUUUGAAUGUUUGUCUUGAUAAUUAUGUAGCGGAAUGCAAAACCGAGACCACUCCACACCUGUCCCGUCCUCUCCUGUCCCGUCCCGUCGUGGCUGCAAGUUUCCGGUUUGCCCAAAGGUGCUAGCCCCGGGGUCCCAGCAGCAACCUUCUGACCGGGCCUUCGCCCCCCCCCCCCAACCCCGGGCGUUCCCGGCUGCGGGUCCACCCCAAGGGCGACGGCGCACCAGCCGCCGCGGGGACGGGGCGGAGGGGGUGGGAGGAGGGAGCCCGCACGGCUUUCCUUUACUUGCCCGACGGACCCCCCCGUUCGUCGGUCCCGUCCGGGCCCGGCCUGGAACCGCGGGCCGCCCACCCUACGCUUCCCGCCUUGCCGGGGCCGGGCCGCUCUCGCCUCCCUCCCCUCCCGCCCCCGCCGGGUCUUCCCCUGAGAUCCACCCUUCUCUCUUUCACGGGAAGGCUCGCCCUCGCGGCACCCGCGGGGACGGAGCCGCCGCUCUCUCCGGCCGGGUCCCGCGGGGUCAAGGGCGCUCCCCGCCGACUUUUCUACCAAACCCCGCGGAGGGGCUCGGGGUGGACCGUGACGGCGCCGUCCCCCCUCCCGAGAGACGGGGGUGACCUGCGUGCCGGGAAGCUCGAGUCUUCUGAAGCGGGCACUGUUUGGAGAAGCUUCUUAGCGUUUCGGUCGUGACCCGACUCCCUCAAACCGGGGCUCUUUUACCAGUCGGUGGUCCCGGAUCCCGGACUGGGGUCUUGAGAGGGGGGUAGAUGGCCCUUAAAUUGGCCCUCACCGCCGGCCGACGACCCGCGGCCCGGUCAGCGCCACCGCCCCCCGGCCCCAACUGCGGUCCGGGGCGGGUGAAACCCGCGUCGGGCCCCGGCCGGUUUCGAGGGGCGACGAGCAGCCGGAUCGAGGUCUCCCCCCGGCGCCGGCCGUUCGCCUUCGGGACGGCAGAAAGGACCCCGGGGGUCCUGGCCGGCAAACCGCAGAGAGAGGGAGGGAGCGAGACCCCGAAACAGUAGUGUUUAGUACGGACUGCAUGGCACUAAUGGCUUUGAGCUUGUAUUCUAACCUCGUAUGUCCUCCGUACACUCGAGAGCAGACUUCUCUUCUGUGCUGACCCGUGUUUUAACGCCGGGGCCGUGGCUAAGUCCCCCGCCGUCGCCGUGUCUCAUCGGUCCAGGAUGGAUUCCCUCCCCCUAUCUCUUCGCGUAUAUGCAACGAUUUUACACUUCUAACUUUGUAGUUCGUUCUUUUCCUUUGUAUUACGAUAUAGGAGGUAGAGUCGCGUCUCUGGGUACACACACUUUGGAGAACGGGCCCUGUAUUUUUCUUUUCUCACUGCGCCAUUGUUUUAUUCACAAAUAAAUUCUUUGAAGAAGAAGCGGCUGAGGCGUGGCUUCCGCUGCUUGAGUCCG